UGUGGCAGUAGGUCUUCAGUAGAGGCUCUUUAUCACUCACAGAGACCAGCAGCUGUAUUUGAAGUGCUGCUGCUGUUCCGGGGGGAAACAUGAACCAGGCGGACCCCAGCGGCGAUGCGCAUCUAGGCAACAAACUGAAGUGAGAGUGAGAAGCAGCUGAUGCACUUUAACCCGCAAAAGAGCACUAAACGAUGGGUGAAAAAAAUUAUACUUUGCUUUCAGUAACUUGGACUCAAGGCCAGAACCCUCAGGACCCUCUCAUGGCAAGUUAUGAUAUUACAAUGGAUUACGACAUUCCUGUGGACCAGAUUCCGGACACGACCCAGGGGAGAGCUUUUUUUGUCUCUACCAUCGUCAUCGCCAUCGUUCUGGUCUGCAUCAUGCUUGUCUGUGGCAUUGGAAACUGUAUCUUCAUUGUCACAUUGGCACGCUACAAAAAGCUGCGCAACAUCACCAAUCUGCUCAUCGCCAACCUAGCCGUCUCAGACUUCCUGGUGGCGGUGGUGUGCUGCCCGUUUCUGGUGGAUUAUUACGUCGUUAAGCAACUUUCCUGGGACCAUGGGAUUUUCUUGUGUAUUUCCAUCAAUUACCUUAGGACCGUGUCUCUCUACGUGUCCACCAACGCCCUGCUGGCCAUCGCUGUGGACAGAUACAUGGCUAUCGUGCAUCCUCUGAAGCCAAGAAUGAAGUACCAGACAGCCUACUGGCUCAUACUCGGAGUCUGGAUCUUCCCGAUCGUCAUCUCUGUGCCUUCGGCCUACUUCGUUACGGAGCAUGAGUACCCUCAUGGAGCUGUCACCCGUGGCAACAAGAUCUUUUGUGCACAGAUCUGGUCAGCAGACCAGCAGCUCCUUUACCGCUCUUACUUCAUGUUCAUUCUGGUUGUGGAGUUUGUAGGACCCGUGACGGUCAUGGCGCUGUGCUAUGCCCGGAUCUCCAGCGAACUUUGGUUCAAGAACGUCCCGGGGUUUCCGACCGAGCAGCUUGAGCAGCGUUCACGCCGAAGGAGGCGUACAGUCGUUGUCCUGAUUGCUGUCCUCGUGGCGUACGUGCUUUGCUGGGCACCCUAUUACGGCUACGCGCUCCUGCGGGAUUUCUACCCGUCGGUGAUUACGCGCGAGCGGAACUCACUGGUUGCGUUCUACAUCAUCGAAUGCAUUGCCAUGAGCAACGGGGUUAUCAAUACACUGUGCUUCGUGAGUGUGAGGAACAACGCCCCUAAGUGUCUGAAGAAGGCGAGAUGCACGCAGUGGCGAGUCGUGGCGAGGGACGCCACCGUCGCUAGAGUCAAGAUGGUGGUUGAGGGCGAAAUGAAGACUUCUUCGCUCAAAGUGACUGAGGAGGAUGAAUGUACACGAAUAAAAUAAAGAGAUGAGUGUUCUGGAAAUGUACAGCAUGCUACUCAGGUAUUUUGGGAUCAAUCUAAAUAUGACAUGAUCUACACUUUUUCAGAAUGUCUUAAGUCAAAGGUUCUUUCUAGCUGAAAAAGGUUCUACAUCAGACCAGUGCAUGAAAGGAAACUCUGUAUUAUACGGAGGAUCUAGAUUACACUAAUUUGUACACUGAGUGGCCGGAUGAUGAAGUCACAUCACACCUACCUUUUCCAUCCAUUAAAGAAGGUUCUUCUGAAAGGGUAUUGGAAUAGUUGUGGGCUACUGAUGCUCUUGAGGGAUCUUAAAGGAUUUCAGAUAACCAAGACCAAAGAGAAAUGACAAAUCCUUGGACCAACAAAUAACGACAAAAAUAAAACAAUAAAGAAUGCUGUUCAAGACUAGAGGACAAUAUACACUGUAUGGACAUACGUUUGUGGACAACUGAGCAUGAGCUCCUUUUUGACAAUCCCAUUCCACAUUAAGUCCACAUUUGCUCUUAUAAUAAACUCCACUCUUUUGGGAAGAUGCUCUGGAUUUUGUGGAGAUUUGUGAAAGAUUUUUUUUUUAGCCACAAGGGUGUUAGUGAAGUAAGGUACUGAUGUAGGUGAGGUAGGUGAGAUGAAGAUUCCUGCAGUCAGCGUUCUCAUUCAUUGCUCAAAAGGUUCAGAGCUUUAUGACAGGAGAUCUUCCACACCAACCCAUGGACAGCAUAUCUUCAUGGAGCUGGCUUUGUGCACAGAGGCAUAGUCAUGCUGGAACAGGAUUGGAUCUUAUAGUUCAAUGAAAAUUUCAUUACCGCAUCCAAAAUCUAUAUUUGUUUCUGGGUUUCAAGAUUCAAGAUUUUAUUUGUUACAUAUGUAGAUUAUAUACAUAAUUCAACUUGGAGUUAAAUGUAAACCUGAUCGGCUGCUCAGAAAAUUGUGCAAUAAAUAAAAGGCU